GAGCAGCAGCAGCAGCAUGAUGUCUGCGCUAUGUGCCCGCAGGUCAACAUCUCGGCUUUCUGGGUGCAACCGCCGGGUAUUAUCAUGUGCCCGGUUCAGUACUCCCCCUCAUCAACACCAGCCCGGCCAUGAGUCCCGGGGAUCCUCCAGAGAAAGGAGCACCCCAGAGAGAGGGGGCAGUAAAGCCCAUUUGCGGAGCCGCUACGACGAGAUGAAGAAGCUGGUGCAUGAUCUUCUUCCUCCGGGUUUAUGCAGUCUCCUGAACCCAGCAACCAUAUGUGCAAACAAUGAAAUCAGUCUGGCAGAUAUUGAAAUUUAUGGGUUUGAUUAUGAUUACACACUGGCUCAGUAUUCAGAUAUGUUACACAAGAAGAUAUUCACCACUGCCAGGGAUAUCCUCAUCCAGAAAUACAAGUAUCCAGAAGGAAUUAAGAAGUAUGAUUAUAUCCCGGGAUUUGCAAUCAGAGGACUCCACUAUGAUAUACAGAAGAGCCUACUGAUGAAGAUUGAUGCUUUUCAUUAUAUACAACUGGGAACAGCAUACAGGGGUCUGAAGCCUGUUCCUGAUGAGGAGGUCAUAGAGUUAUAUGGGGGCACACUGCAUAUCCCACUGUACGAGCUCAGCGAUUUCUAUGGGAAGGGUCCAUCAAUGAAACAGUUCAUGGACAUUUUCUCUCUUCCUGAGAUGACUUUGAUUUCCUGUGUAACAGAUUUCUUCAUCAGCAAUGGCAUUGACUUCGACCCAGUUCAUCUUUAUAAGGAUACAACAGAUGCAAUAGGUGAUGUCCAUAUCAAGGGGAUGAUGUAUGAAUGGAUAGAGGAGGACAUGGAGCACUACAUUCUGCACGGUGAGGAAGUCUAUGCGGUUUUGAAGAGACUUGUAAAUAACAAUAAGAAACUAUUCCUUAUCACCAACAGCCCCUUCACGUUUGUAGAUAAAGGAAUGAAUCACAUGGUGGGGAAGAAAUGGCGAGAUCUCUUUGAUGUGAUUAUUGUACGUGCUGACAAACCUGCCUUCUUCACCGACCGCCGCAAACCGUUCCGAAGACUAGAUGAAAAUGGGUCACUCCAAUGGGGCAAGAUCAACAGCCUAGAAAAAGGAAAAAUAUACAAACAGGGAAACCUGUUUGAUUUUCUGAGAUUAACGGGCUGGAGAGGGUCCAAGGUGCUUUAUUUUGGUGAUCACCUUUACAGCGAUCUGGCCGAUCUUAUGUUGCGCCAUGGCUGGAGGACUGGAGCCAUCGUCCCUGAGUUAGAGACUGAAAUUCGAAUCAUAAAUACUCAGCAGUACAUGCAUUCACUUACCUGGCAACAGGCCCUCACUGGACUGCUGGAGAGGAUGCAGAUGUAUCAAGAUGCUGAAUCAAAACAAGUUCUUAUGGAGUGGAUGAAAGAGCGUCAAGAAUUGAGGUCUAUUACAAAGAAUCUAUUUAAUCCACAGUUUGGCAGCAUUUUUAGAACUUUCCACAACCCAUCGUUCUUCUCCCGGAGGCUGAUCAGGUUCUCUGACAUUUACAUGGCUUCCAUCAGUUGCCUUUUAAACUACGAUAUCAACUUUACGUUCUAUCCCCGACGUACCCCACUGCAGCACGAGGCCCCGUUAUGGAUGGACCAGCUCUGCACUGGCUGUAUGAAGACCCCUUUUCUUGAUGAGAUGGUUCAUAUCCGAUAGUAAUCUCUUAGUGUUCUAGAUUUACUUUGUAGCCUGGCAGAGUCAUGUCCAUUAUAUGCAUGCAUAAGAAUGUGGUGAGGGCAUUUGUAGGAAGAUGAGUGAAAAAGUUAUUCUACAUUUUUCCGAUGUAGGAAAACGAUGUAGAAGGCUUAAUAUGUAUUUUUAGAAAUGUGCAGGUUUUCUGUAUUGGGAAGAAUGAACUAAACAGGUGGGAAGAAGGUUUUUUUAUUCCUUUUAUGGUUCCCUUUGCUAAAGACAAUGAGUGGGACUACUAUCAUGAAAUCAUCCACAAAUCCUCGUUUUCACAGAUUUCAUGAAUCCAUUGGCACAUCAUUGUGCCUGUGUGACUGCAGUGUGGAAUGUGCCAUUCAGAGCCAACGCAACACGCUCAGCAAGGGUAUGCAAUGCAGGGAGGCGCAUGGCUGAGGAGGCGCUCUCCCUGCUCUGCAACCCUGCUGAUGUUGCUGACGGCUGCCGCUGCGCCUGUCCUACUGUGUGACAAGCAGCGGCGCCGUCAGCGGGAAGUGCAGCAUCGGCUCUCAGGGUCAGGUCCCUCUGACGCCCUCUCUUAACCGCCGUAACCCCCUGCUGGAGCACUACUGUUGGGAGAACUGCUUGUGGAGGAGGCUGGAGAUGCUGACACAGGCGGAGUGUAGCAGUUCCUUCCGACCAAGGCAGCUGAGAGUGUCCGUCCCGCCCCCACUCGUCCUCCUGCUCAAAAACUGCUGGCAGAACAGGACAUGGCUGAUGAACGUUCAGGUAAAUUCAAAGCAGAGGCACUGUAGCAUGCGGAGCUGUGUUUGCUGAGUGUCCCUGCUGAGCUUCAAUGGGGCAGAGUGCAGCGGACUCUCUCCGGAGAGCAGUCCAGGUAAAGAAAAUAAUUAUGAGCUGGUUGGGUGCAUAGAGCAUUAUGGGACCAGUUCCUAGUGCUGGGUGAGCUUUUAGAAUAGAUUUUACAUUUUGGUCUGCAUAUUACAAAAAAGAUUCUUUGGUGUUAUCUAGGGCCCCGUUUUAUCUGUUGUUCACCUAGGUGUUUGGGUUGGGGCUGAAAUGCCGGCGUGCGGGGUGCCGACAGUCAGAAUACCGACCAUGGCAUCUCGUUGUUUAGAAUCCCAAUGGGUCAGGAAGCAGCCUAACCCUAACACCCCCUCCCCCUUCACAGCCUAACCCUAACCCCCUCCCCUCCCCGCAGCCUAAACCUAACUCCCCCUCCCCACAGCCUAAACCUAACCCUACCCGAUGGUGUCUAACCCUAUCCCCCUCCCUGAAGCCUAAACCUAACCUCCUUUCCCGCAGCCUAACCCUAACCUCCCCAGUGGUGUCUAGCCCUAUCCCCCCUACCCGCAGCCUAAACCUACCCACAGCCUAACCGGUACCAUCUCCCCAAAGCCUAAACCUGACCUCCCGUGGCUUACCUCUAAGACAUCCCGGCAAACAGUCAACCAGUGCAGUACGCACUGUCCCUUAUUACGUAAUGGAGGGAGGGCGCAAAUUUAUUGUUUGCAGGAGGGCGCCAAACACCUUAGCACCGGCCCUGGUGCCAUUGUACUGUAACAUUCACAUGGUACUUGCAUGUAUUCAGCAACCAUCAAGCUUUGACCUAAUUAAUUUGCACACUACUGUAUUUGCUGCUGUUUGCAUGCCUUAUAUUAUAGGGGUACAUGGAUCAAAUGGUGAUAACAUUUCUAUGUUUUUGACAAAAAGUGGUUUUUAUCACUUCCAUAAAAUGUAUUAAUAGGCUGAUCAGAAGAAAUCUCCAGCGGCCCCUUCAGCUUGUAUCAAUAGUAAUGAAGGCUAUAGAGGUUAGGAGUCAUGGGGCACUUACCGAACGAUGACAAUCUGUCAUAUGAAGAUGGCGCUAUGUGUUACUUACCAGUCCUGCCAUCACUACCCUACAUACGUAUUUGCAAAUGUGCCCACAGUCUAGAAUAUCUUGUGGUUUUCUCACACAUGUGCAUUGCAUCCACCAACAGCAGAACCAUAUCAGGCAGGACAGGGGAUGCUGGGAGAGGGUUAGCUGGGGUAACAUCUUCGGUGACUCUUGCUGCACUAACUAGUGAUGCAGGAUGUCUCUUAGCACUGAGAAUAUACAUAUCCCCCCUACUCACUGCUAAACAAUCAACAGAGGAGGGGGAUACUGUAGACAAGAUAUAUAAAGAUAUGGCCCGUUAUUUAAAUGUAGGUAGGGAUAUUUUACUUAUUUUAUUCCAGAUUAUGAGGGUUAAACACUUACGUGGAAAACCUACAUCCUUCAGCACUGUGAGUACUAGAUCCCAUCCUAAUAUUGCUGAUCUCUAACAGAUUAAACAUUUUAAUGUUUAUGUAAUACUAAAUUAUUGAGGAAGUCAUUCAUUUUCCUAAGAAUGGUUUGUACCCCGCUGCAGAUGCACAGAUGUGUUCUCCUACAUCGAGGGGUAAAAUUACUAAAGCUUCUAAAAGUGAAAUAGCAACCAAUAAGAUUCUUUCUAUCAUUUAUUAUUUAUCUCUAUUACAUCCUAGAAAAUGAUAGACAUAAUCUUACUGGUUGCUAUGGGUAACAUCACCUCUUUCUCUAACGUCCUAAGUGGAUGCUGGGGACUCCGUAAGGAC